CGGCGCUACGGGCAAUACGCCAUUACAUUCGGGACGACUGCUUAUCCUCAAGGGAGGACAGACCACCCGGACCGGACACUCGGCGUUUAUUGGCCGGCCCUAUAUAGGCGUUUACUAAGCAGCCUUGCCCUGUUCGAUUCCUCCUUUGGGCGCGUUUACUAUAAGCGACUUCGCGUGCCGGGACGGUUACUGCGGGGGUGGAUGCUUUGACUUCUAGAUUCCCAGGGAAGAAGUCGGGAUCCCCAGUGGCCACGGAUUGAAAAAGCAGAUCGUGUGUCUCUCUCUGUCUCUCUCUCUCUCUGCCUCGCCUGCAGGACCUCGCCGUGAGCAGUGGGCACGCGCUCCUCCAGCACAGCGACGCGGGGAGGGUGCGCCAGCUCCCCCGAGUCCGCGUGUGACCCCCCCCCCCUGGCGACGGUCGCCUUCCGGAGGGCACGCGGCCAUCCCGACGGCUCGCUGCCGACCCCGGCGCUCGCGCCACUGCUGGCGGGGGGCUCCUGCCUGUGCCAGCUCACCCCAGCGGGUCUCGGAGCGGAGGCCGUCGGCGCGGUCCCGCCGGCGGAGGUCGGCUUCUAAGCGGGUGCGGCGCUGCUCACCUCACGAUCUUCGCGGCAGUCGCCAAGGGCUUCACCGACUCCCUCGAGGGCAGCCAGGCAAGCCUGCUGCGGGGGCAGGGCCACCGGGAGCUGGGGGCGGGCGACUGGCAGGGAUCCCUGGGCUCGCAGCUGCCGUGCGUGCCGCUGUCCGUGUCCCUUCGCCAUGAUGCCGACGGCGUUCGGGCUCGACGCCCAGGACUCUCGGCGAGGGCGCCGGCGCACAGAGGACCUUCGCAUCCCGGCGGGCGCCGGGGGGGCAGCGCGGCCAGCCGGGGCAGGAGUGCGUCGCAGGAGUCCGCCGCCGGCGCCGUCGGCGCCGGCGCCCAGGACAUGGUGGACGAGGUCCUGACCGGCUUCUCCGAAUACUUCGGCCACGUUCGAGACGCGGGGGAGGCGCUCUGGGCGAACCCGCGCGACGCCCGCGAGGGGCGCAGGGGCCUGGAGGCCGCCACCAUGAAGGUGCUGGGCUGGAGCACAGCGCGCCAGGCGAGCGCGUCCCUCUUCGUGCACGGGGACGACGCGGCGAUCCUGAUGCGCCCCCAUGUGCAGAGGGAGCUGCAGGUCCCGCUGCCCGGCGAGACCGACGACCGCGGGCCUCGUUGCACAUCCUCGCCGGCUCCGCCGGCGGCAGCGCGGCCCCUCCGCGCGCUGGCGCGCGCUGCUGCCUGAGCUGGCCGGCGCGCUGCGGCAGAAGGGAGGAGCUCCGCCGGAUGGCUGCGCGGGGCACGGUAGGCACCCAGGUCUCCGCCGGUUUCGGUGGCGCUUCAUGGGAGCCCUGGACGCCCUCGCAGCUCCAUCUUCGGAGUGCAUUCGCGUGCGCUGCGAGCCUCGUGUGCCC